AUGUUCCGGACAGCAGCGCGGCAAUUUGCCGCCUCGGCGCGGCGAAGCGCUGAAGCCGUGUCUUUCGAGGCCAACCACCAAACGGCGAUUGGGAUUUCCAAGGCGCAGGGCAUUGGACAGCGGGGCUUUCUCGAUGCGAUUGGCAAAACACCGCUCAUCCGGCUCAAGAGGCUGUCCGAGGAAACCGGGUGCAACGUGCUAGGCAAAGCCGAGUUCCAAAACCCGGGCGGCAGCGUCAAAGACCGCGCAGCGCUCUUCGUCGUCGAGCAUGCCGAAAAAGCCGGGCUUCUCAAGCCAGGCGGCACCGUCAUCGAAGGCACAGCCGGCAACACAGGCAUCGGGCUGGCGCACGUGUGCCGGUCCAAAGGCUACAAGCUCGUCAUCUACAUGCCCAACACGCAAUCGCAGGGCAAAAUCGACCUGCUGCGACUGCUGGGCGCAGAAGUGUAUCCAGUCCCCGCCGUCGCCUUCGACAACCCGGAAAACUACAACCAUCAAGCCAAACGACACGCCGAGCGGCUCGACAACGCCGUGUGGACGAACCAGUUCGACAACGUCGCGAACCGACAAGCGCACAUUGAAACCACCGGGCCCGAGAUCUGGCACCAAACGGGCGGCAAGAUCGACGCUUUUACCUGCGCGACAGGAACCGGCGGCUCGCUGGCAGGCACGACGCGGUACCUGAAAGAAAAGAGCGGCGGCCGCGUGAAAAGCUACCUCGCCGACCCCCCGGGCUCGGUGCUACACUCGUACCUCCAAUCCGGCGGCAGACUCGCAGAGCGCAAAGGCGGCAGCAUCACCGAGGGCAUCGGGCAGGGCCGCGUGACGGACAACCUUUCGCCGGACAUUGACUUGCUCGACGGAUCGCUGCACAUCAGCGACGAGAAGACAAUCGCCAUGGUGUACCGCUGCCUGGACGAGGAGGGGUUGUACCUGGGCGCGAGUUCGUGCCUGAACGUCGUCGCUGCCAAAGAGGUCGCCGAGAUGCUGGGCAAGGGCAGCACCGUCGUCACGCUGCUGUGCGAUGGCGCGUAUCGAUACGCGGAUCGUCUGUUUAGCCGGAAGUGGCUGGAGGAGAAGAAACUGUACGAUGCCGUACCGGAGCAUUUGAGGAGGUACAUUGUGCUGCCGUAG